AUGUCUGUCGGGGGCAUGGUGGAAGCGGAUGUGACCAUGCUGGUCCAGCACCAGUGGGCGGGUCCCCAGAACAAUGGCUGCAAGGUUUUUGACAUAAACAUCAGUCUGAGACCCAAUGUGCCGCUUCUGGAAGAGCCUUUAAAACGCCUCCUUAGUGAUUCCCUGAGUCAGGUGGCCUGCAACAUCAUCAACGCCAGACUCAAGGUGGUCAACAACAUGAUGGGCUCCAGGACCCCUGCGCUCCCGCUCGGGGCUGUGGGAAAUCUGCCCCCCUUUUCCAUCAUCAGUGGGGACGCCAUCCAGGUGGAUCUAAAUCUCCUUGGUGGGGCCGUGAAAAGCAACGUCACAGCCUCCACACAGGGACCUCUCUCUGCCAACCUGCUGCUGGCCACCGGCAGCUCACCACUGCUCAGCCUCUCCCAGCAAGCCCUCAGCAACCUGCUGGAGACAGUCCAGGGACAAGGAUCCUUCAACCUCAACAUCACCAACUCCAUGCUCGCCAGGGUCCUCCCCAGCUCUCUGCCCCUGGAGCUGCGCGUGCAGGUGGCCGGUGAGCCGGUGGUGGAUGUGAGGGGCACAAGAGCCACCGCCACCCUCAAAGCCACCAUCGAUGUCUUCAGUCCUCUCUUGCGGUCCUCUCAGAGACCCCUCCUCUCUUUCGACACGGACAUCGUUCUGAACAUCAUCCCGUCGGUCUCCGACGGCAAACUGCAAACCUCCCUGAGUCUCGACAGCAUCAACCUGACACGGGCACCCCUGAGACUUGACCCUCGCAGUGCCUCCACUCUCACAGAAUGGCUCAAGCAAGUCCUUGGGGCUGCAUACGUACCUGCCAUUAAUGAUGCCUUGAGCGUGUCUGUCCCUCUGCCCAACGUUCUCAACACCAGCCUCAGGAACGCCAAAGUUGAGAUCACCGACGGUGAAAACUCUCCCAACACUGAUCUGAGGAGAUUCUGCUCGGGAGGACCCUCAACGCUGCUCGAAUGA